GCGAUCGCGCUCAGCACAACAACCAUGAUCUGCAUGUUCGAGCUCGCUCGCGCUAUCAACAAACAGCCUCGCGAGACCUCGAGACGCAUCGUACCGUCGGUCAGCGCGUUGCUGUGAAGGUGUCAGUUCUGGUGGUGCCGUCGUAUACGCACGAUCAGUGUAGGGAGUUUACCGCGCGCGUUCGGUUCGGUUUUGCGGAAAGGAUUCGCAACAGUUCCGUGCGCGAACUCGACCGGGAAUGGCGUGAGGUUCGAGCAGCUCGUGUGUCUCUUCCCGCUACAUCCUGGUGAUACUUUCUGUGAUCUGUGAUUAUUGAUUGUGCCUGAGCGAAUUUUGGUGUUGUUUGUGGUGACGUGAGGUUACCAGUGAAAGGAAACAACAGCAACACACAAAAAAAAAAAAAAAAAUGGCGCCAAACAGUACGCUGUGCGUGAUCACGCUGUGGAGUGUUAGUGUGCUGAUCCUGCUGAUCAGCCAGUGCGACAGGACCGAUGCUAACUUCAUCACCUACGUCGAUGACUCGGGCGAGAAUGUGCCCGAGGACUAUGUGCUGGAUACGCACCAUCGGCGCAAGAAAGUGCGUCCCCAGGACUACAACGAUGCGCUGGAUCGUCUAAUCGCGGAUGCACUGAAUCAAACAACCCCCAGAAGCAACGAUACCUCGUCGGAUGAGCUAGCCUCCAGCUCGGCCGAACAGAGUGUCGCUUGUAUGGGCGAACGAAAGCCAUUGCACAUCAACUCCCAGGACAGGUUGACGGUACGAAAGUGUUGCCCGAAGGGCCAAUCGUUCCACCGGCUAAGCAUAACCACCUGCCACCCGAUGGAUGUGCACGAUCACAUAAGCCGCUUUACGCUGUUGGCCCGCCAGCUAGACUACUACGGGCCCGGUUGUCACGAGUACGGCAAAUACCUGCGCUACAACACGACCAUCGACAAGACGUGUGUGGGACAAAGGUUGAUAUUUAACGAUCGUGGCACGCAGAUGCUGUUGAUCCAGAACGGUUCACUGCUGGUGACGCGCGGCGACCGGAUCGAGUUCUACGAUGAUUUCUGCGUGGAGGAAACGGGCAACGGGGUGCUGGCGGCACACAUCUGCGACGUGGAUGGUGGUGGCCACUCGGACGAUCUGUUUUCCGGGUGGUUGGGCACGGUGAUGAUAGUGCUGGCGCUGGCAGUGUCCGCCAUUACCGUGCUGGCGUACGCGUUCGAUCGGACAUUGCCACACCGGUACGGGCCACUGAUUGCGAGUCAUGCCGGUUUGCUGGCUGGGGCAAUUCUGCUCGAACUGCUACUUACGGCACUUGAUCAAGAAUACUACCGUCCCGUGGUAGAUGUCCUGGUCGAGUUUUCCUACGCCAUUUUUGUGAUCUUCAGUGCGAUGCUGUUCUUCUCCUCGGCCACCGGCACCAAUAACAUCAACUAUCGGCUACUCCUAGUAACCGUGUUCUUCAUCUCCUCCUGCUCUCUCAUUGCCAUGGGCCUAACGUUCUACUCCGAGCGCGUCCUACUGAUGGCGGUACUGGUAAGCCUGCUGGUAGCGCUGGUCAUCAGUGCAGCAAACGUCUACACCUCCUUCGGGCGUAAUCAUCUCGGGUUUAAUAGUAAUGAAAAUCCGUUCGAGAUUAUUAACGAAGGUAGCACCGCGAAGCGUAUGGAUCAGCGGAAGGAGCUCACCAUCGUCUCAACAUUCGCCUGUGCCACCCAGAUCAUCGUGUGGAUACCGUACUCGAUGGGCAAGUACUCGCUGCUGUCCGUGCUGGCCUGGAACGCGAUCAUCGUCUUCGUCGUGUUUGUCGGCCUACGGCGCCGUUCGAUCGGACUGUGCAACGUUGGCCAGCGGGUAAAGCUGCACCAUCCGGGACAGGUGGCCGUCGGCUCACCGUACGCCGACCAUCAGAUGCCUCGCGACACACAAACGGUCCUACCGCCGGACGACGACAUAGAGGCAGAAAAUGAGUUGCGUGUGGUGUAGAGCUAGGUCAGCUGCUACCCCCCCUAAAACUACCGAAGAGAUUUGCUCGUAGAGACUGUAAAUAAAAAAAACAAACGAAACGUUUCGUUUCGCUAGCGGAAUUUAUCGUUCUUCAAGGGAAAUAAUUUAAGACGUUAGCACAAAAUUUAUCCCAAUAAGUCUCCUCCAAAAAAAUACCCAAUUUUAGUCACCGGUUGGCGAUCGUUCGCCCGCUGAUCACGCUCCCCAAAACCACAUCGUCCAAGCAUCGGGGUGGGAUUUUUUCGUUGUUGGGACUUUUCGUACGUAAGAAAAGGCGAAAUAAAAUAAAACAAACAAUACUCGAA